GUGGAUAUGUUGCUAACAGUCUAGCAAUUAUGACAGAUGCACUUCAUAUGUUAACUGACCUUAGCGGUAUUAUUUUGACCCUGCUUGCUCUCUGGCUGUCUGCAAAAUCUCCCACAAAGAGGUUCACUUUUGGAUUUCAUCGCUUUGAAGUAUUGUCAGCCAUCAUUAGUGUUUUGCUGGUCUAUAUCCUUAUGGCAUUCCUCUUGUAUGAAGCUGUUCAAAGAACUAUCCAUAUGGACUAUGAAAUAAAUGGCGAUAUCAUGCUGAUUACAGCAGCUGUUGGUGUUGCAGUUAACUUAAUAAUGGGUUUUUUGCUGAAUCAAUCUGGCCACCUUCACUCCCACUCCCAUUCCCACCCUCACUCUCAUGUACCUCAGUCGAACUCUCCUAACACAGCCCACAGCAGUAGCCAUGGUCACAGCAGCCUUGCCGUGAGAGCAGCAUUUGUACAUGCCCUUGGGGACCUGGUACAAAGUAUUGGUGUGCUUGUAGCUGCAUACAUCAUACGCUUUAAGCCAGAAUACAAGAUUGCUGAUCCUAUAUGUACAUAUGUAUUCUCCAUACUGGUGGUUUUGACAACAGUUCGAAUUCUGUGUGACACAGGAGUUAUUAUUCUGGAAGGAGUUCCAAGGCAUUUAAAUGUGGAUCGCAUUAAGGAAGACUUGAUGAAAAUUGAAGACAUCUAUUCUAUAGAAGAUUUAAAUGUUUGGUCUCUCACUGCAGGAAAAACAACUGCCAUAGUCCACUUGCAACUAGUUCCUGGUAGUUCAUCUAAAUGGGAGGAAGUUCAGUCCAAGGCCCGACAACUGCUGCUGAACACAUUUGGAAUGUACAAGUGCUCUGUCCAGCUUCAGAGUUACAAACAGGAAACGAGCAAAACCUGCGCAAGUUGUCAGAGUUCCAGUGCCUAAUUUCAUAUGUUUUGGGAACUGCUGCCUUAUUCUUUACCUUGUAGUCAAAGACUGAGAGCAAUAAAUUAAAAAUGAAAAUUAGGAAAUAGAAACAAUUAAUAUGUGGAUUUGUACCAUGGAACAGCAGCAGCGAGAACUGAUGCUGCAAGAAGUGCAGUGGUUGCCCUAUGGAACGUGAAUUUCACUCUCCCCCUUGUUCUGGUUUAUUCAAUUUAUUAUGAUUUUGAGACAAAGCUGUUUUCAGAUUAUUGUUUACAAACUGCAAGGUGGCUCUGCAGAUACCUCACAAAUUACAGUCCAAUAUUGUCCUUUAAUAACUAUGUACCACAAAGUACCUGCACUCCAAAUGGAGCUUCAAGUAUUCAGUAUUUCAAUUAAAGUCUCUAAUACUGAUCAUGCCAGGGUUCCAUAAUAUGUCAUGAUCCCUGAAUUCAUCAUACAGUAUUUUUGCAAUAGUAAUUUUCAUACAGUAUCUU